CGAAGAUUCACAGUGCUUGUCUUACAAUUUCCUCACCAUGUUGCCAGGUCGAAUCACUGCAGUAUAUACCCCAAUACCAAAACACUCUUGUCGUUAUACUGAGUAAAACAAUCAUUCCAACUCCAAAUUCUAAGACACUGACAACUGCUUCAAACACAUAAAUAAUGUCCAGCUCUCCCACAACAGACAAAACCUCCAUGUACCCUGAACAGUUCUGGGCCCUUGUGACCAGGCCCCAUUCUCAGGAAAAUCGCAACGCUCAGCGGACUAAAGACACCAAAGAACUUGAGCGAUGGCUGAACUACGCAGAUGAGGAAGAUUAUAAGCCAGCAAAGAAGACAAACAAAAGUAUUUCCCGUCUUCAGACCAGUAGGGAGGAUGUGCAGAUGCCAUGUCGUUCGCGAGUCGACUCUGUUCAAUCCGAUGCUAGUGCUCACACAUCUUCUGGCUCUAACGCAGAUACUCUGAAGGAGAUAUGGUCGAGAAAUGGGGACGAAUCUGCAUCUGCAAAGGGUUCGGCGCGUAUAGAGGGAUUAGGAUUCUUUCCUCGAUUUCCGCUCCCGUCGUGUGCGCGUGAGGAAGCAGAUGAGGAGUGGGCAGAUGAGAGGCUGAAAGCGGAGAGCGAGGCGCGGAAUCGUGGUGUGAUGAAGAAGGUGGUGGAGUUCUUUAAGGGUGUAUAGAGCAAGGCGUUGAUGGGUCAGAAGCUUCGAAAGAAAAAAGGCAUGAUGAGAUCUGGAGUUCGUUGCAAAACGGACAAGCACACAGUCGUGAUUUUUGGAGCACAAUGAGUCUUUGGUCCCCACGCCUCCUCAACCGCCGAUGCAACGAUGUAGAAGCUCCAAUCCAUUCAAGUUCAUCUCUUCGUUUCCGCGU